UGGACGCAUGGUCUGGUCAUGUGUGCUUUCCGUAGAGAGGGAAUCCAAACCAAACAGCCUUCCCCUUGUUGAUGUACGUGCAUCAUUUACCUCCUGCGUCGCUAACAUAUGGAUAUCUCGCGUUUUAUCGUUGUUUUUGAAAGCGUCACAGCCACAUUGCUUCUGAAAAUCCGGUGAUCGGUGGCCUUUAUUAUGAGUCAAGCCACGAUGGAUAACGACUGCAUUGCGCUACUCCCUGGAGUAUUGGCAUUUCUUGCGGACCCCAAGCAGUCUCUACCUGAUGACACCUGUCUAGAGAAGCUGUUGGACUGGCUCACUAGCAUCGUCAAAGAAGAUGAGGAGCGGAAUCUUCUGGAUCAGCAGCCAUACCUCCUGGAGUUCCUAGGCAGCAUGUUUGAGUCCAAAACCACAGAUCCCAUAAUCCUCUCCUUCUCCCUCAAACUCACUGGUCUCCUGGCUGCCACGGAGAGGGGAUUCAGCCGCUUGGACGAGCGUGGCAUAGUGCGAGGGGCGUUUGCGUGUGAGGAUGCGAGCGCAGGGGCGGUGAAGGUGCAGUGGGAGGAGGCCUCGGUGCGCUGUGGUUGGCUGCUGGGACUGAGGGGCAUGCUGACGCACCAAUCAGCUAUGGGCUUCAUCAGCCAGACUGGUGGCCUCACAAAACUCAUCCUCAAACUACAGUGCGACAGAAGUCUAUUUGUCGCCGCAGCUGCCAAUCAGCUCCUUGCUCACAUCCUGAACUUUCCACACCAACCAAUCACAGAGCAGAUCGCCAAAGAGAACAUGCACAGCCAACCAACCAGAAACCAAGCAGCAAAAGAGAACGGGGACCAUAGCCAGCCAAUCAUUGAACAGUCCGCGGAAGGGAACGGAGACAAUCAUCGACCAAUCGCAGGGAAGACGGACAAAGCAGCCAAUGGACAUCAGGUUCCGGAAUGCAGUUAUGUCACAGUGGAGAUUGUGGGGCAUGUAGAGGAGGCGCUAGUUUCACACGAGCACUUCCGUGUGCUCCAGGCACUGAGGCUGCUGGCCCUCAGUCUGCCCGGCUGCGGUGCUCCUCUCCUGGGUAAAGUGUGGAGGGCUGCCCUGCAUCCUCUGGAGUCCCUGGUGGAGGCUGGAGGGACCAACAAGAUCUCACUGCCCGUUAUGGACGUGUUACAAGCAGCAUCCACGACUGAGCUGUUUGGCCAAUCAGAAGCCAGAGUGGAGGAGCUCAUGAGAGCAACGCUGAGAGUGGACGACCCCAAAAUUGCCAUCCAGUGUGCCUCAGCCAUCACACGCCUGCAGAACGGCUCUGAGAGCCUGAGGAGGAUGGCUGUGGGUAUAGUUUUGCAGCCGCUGGAGUUCAUCACCGGCUCUCCUCUGCAGUCGCAGCAUCUUGGCUCAGGUGAUGCGGAGCUCUUCAGCCAGCGUCAGCCAGUCCUGGGUGAGCAGAUGUCCCAGAGGUCCAUGUGCAUCUCCCUGCUCUCCCUGUCCCUCAGCAGUGUGGCAGAACUCAGCCUCUCCAAUUCCCUGUUUGUGGACGCCCCUAGCCAGUCUGUGACCGGAGCAGUGCUGCAGCUUCUGAGAGUGUGUUUGGGACAAAGCCCCGCCCACCUGCCCUACAACAAGUCGUUCCUCCACCUGAUUGGCUGCAGCAGGGUUCAGAGGUGUGGCCUGGAUGCCCUCACUAGCCUCAGUUCGUGUGACGGAAGUCAAGUUCUCAGGAAGGAGGUUCUAGACGUCCUCCUGCAAUACCUUGAGCACCCAGACACUGAGCCCACGGUCCUGCAGAAAGCUCUUCAGGCGUUAUUGAAAUGGAUCUGUGUGCCGUCUCCAGAGCCCUCAGACCAGACGCAUUUCCAUGCUCACAAUCUCUUCCCAGCGUUGAUGAAGCGUGUGUGUGACGUCCACUGGGAGGUGAGAGACUCUACGCUGGAGUUCAUCACGCAGCUCACCGUCAACUCUAAAGACUCUGCCGCCCUGAGUUCGGCGUUAUGGGGUAGUGGUAUUGUGUCUCUGCUGCUGGCGUGCCUGGAUGACUCUGAGGGCUAUGUCAGGGCGAGUGCCGUCAGUGCCCUGGGACAGGCAGUUACAGCAGCCCACCACCAGGGGGAACUCAACGCCAACUCACCAAACACCCUCACGGGGGACGUUCUGACCCGCCUGGUGGGUAUCCUGUCCGACGACACCGAGGGUUUCCCGCGCCGCGCCGUCAUCAAGGCUUUCAUUGGCUGGCAGUCCGCUAAACCCCGCCCCCUGGCCUGCCUCCAGCACUCCCUGCCCGGCGUGCUCGCGCUGGGCAUCGACGACUUUGACUGGGAGGUCAAAGUUCACACGUUGGAGCUGGUCGAGAUGGUCAUGGACCAGACGCUAACGCCAAUGAAAACGACAACUACGGCAGCUGCAGGGUCUCUUACUACUUCAUCAGGGGCCGUGGACCAGAAACUGACAACGAUUUCAACAACUACAGGCUCGCCCUCUUCCUUAGCAGGGGCUGUGGACCAGACGCCAUCCCCAACGACAACGACAUCUACUUCGACAACUACGGGGUCUCCCAGCUCGUUAGCAGGGGCCUUGGAGAAGCUCCAUGAGCACGGGACCUUCUGCGUCCUCUUCAAAGGCCUGCUGGACUGCGAUAGGCCCGUGGCUCAGAGGGCGUGUCAGCUCCUGCUCAAACUGCGGGAGGUCAUGGAGGUCACGGAAGGUCACGGCGACGAGACCAAGGACGAAAGGUCAAAGUCGAGGUCGGAGGGGUCAACGACUGGAGACUCGAGUCCCUCGUUCCACCUACAGAGCCAACACUGGGGCGCGGACCUGUUGAGGAAGUGCACCAAGGAGGUGGCGGGAGGGGUCAGAGAAUCUGAUUUGCCGGGAGAGGGGAAGGUGGCAGCGGAUUGGGCGAGGGGGGAGGUCAGUCUGAGGGAGGUGAUGAUCCGAUUGGACCUGGAGGGCAUGAGGGAGGCGUUGAUGCAGAGCAGCGAUCACGUGAUGGCGUCGCCUCAAUCGCUCAUGGAGGACAUACUGGCUGCGGCCAGGCAAGGGGAGGACAACGCAGUGGACUGCUACUGACCACAUGCACGCACAUGCAGACACAUAUGCACACACACACACACACACACACACAUUGCUACUGACCACAUGCAGACGCACACGCGCGCACACACACACACACACACACACACAC